AUGGGGGAACGUCCUCCUCUCGCUGCCCUCUCUUUGUGCAGUCCUGUCAGCGCUGUGAGUCAGUGUCGAGCCCUGCACACCACCGUCAGCAGGAGGGGGCUGGACCAGUUCUUCGACCACCCUGAGAACUGGGGAGAGACCAACGUGAAGUCGGGUGCACCAUGGACUGCCAAACAACUGAGAACAAAGAGCAAUGAAGACUUGCACAAACUCUGGUAUGUGCUGUUGAAAGAAAAGAACAUGCUGCUCACGCUGGAACAGGAGGCAAAAAGGCAAAGGCUUCAGAUGCCGAGUCCAGAAAGAUUAAAGAAGGUGAGCCGGUCGAUGGUCAGAGUGGAGACGGUGGUGAAGGAGAGAGAGACUGCACUGCGGCUGCUGCAGACAGGACAGGAGAAAGGCAGACCAGGAGCGUGGAGGAGGAACAUGUUUGGAUACGCCUACUGGUAUCGCUACAAAGAAUAUGCUAUUCCUUGGUACAUGAACAAAAGGUAUAAGCGAAAGAGGUUCUUCACACCCAAGUUUGUCCAACCACACAUAAGGCUGCGCUUGGAGAAGCAUCUCAGAGAGAAGGCCAGGAGCGCCACCUUACAGAGGGGAACUCGGUCUAAACUUAAGGAGAAGUUUCCUCAAAUGAAAGUUUCUGCGUCGUAAAAUUUCAAAUGCACAUUUUACAAAUCAAGGAGUUUCGACAGCUGCAUCUAUCUGCAAAGUUAGCAUUCAAUCUAAAUAUGUUCAUGUCAAACAGCUGAGUUGUCUGAAAUUGUUUCCUAUGUUGUGUGUGAGUGCAUUUGUCCAGCUGUUUGAUCCUGGAAGAUAAAUUAUUCUACAUCCCCCUGAAUUCUUUUUUUUUUGUACUUACUAUUAAAAUGCAUUCAUUGAGA